AAAUGUCAUAAAUUAUCCCAUUUUGCCAGUUCAUUUUUUGGUCGCAUAAAUUGUAAAUUGUCUAUGCUUUACAAUGGCGAAUAACAGUUCGUGUCUAGAAUUUUGUAAAUUUUUAACAGAAAAAGAUGAUUGGACAUUAUUUGGAGCAUCUUUUGCUACAUUCGAAACAUUUGUUGCCAUCUUAACUGUGAUUGGAAACCUCAUUGUUUUAACUGCUUUCUUACGUGAAAAAAGUUUGAGACGGGAAAUUAAUUUUUAUAUAAUUUCGCUUUCAUUUGGUGACUUGUGUGUUGGACUUGUAUCGAUUCCGUUGUAUUUGUAUAAAAUAGACCCACCAGACGCAACAGAAACAUGUCAUAUUAAGUUUUGUUUAUUUAAAAUGGCUGUUCUCAUGACAUUGUCGAAUGUUUCAAUGUUCAACUUAGUUCUGAUAUCAAUUAAGCGUUUAAAAGUCUUAUCAGUACAACGCCCAAGUGUUCAGCAGGAAUCAACCAAGAAAAUCUUUAUUCAAAUUUUAUGUGCCUGGAUGUUUUCAACUGCGAUAGGAACAGCACCGCUCUAUUUAAAUAACAAUAAUCCUGACAAAUGUCAAUUACGAAAUAUUUUAAAAAUGGAAUUUAUCAUUUUCAGAUUUGUCAUUGCUACCAUUGUGCCUGUAGUAAUCAUGGGAUAUGUUUAUUUUAAUAUAGGCAGGGUUAUAAUGAAGCAAGCAGAAAAUAAACUAAAAUGCUUAAAGUCUUUGAAUCCUUCAGAGCCAAAAAGUAAUGGAACUAUGGACAAGGAGAUUAGAGCAACAAUUAGUAUUGCUAUUAUUGUCAUAGUCUUUUGCUUGACAUGGGUUCCAUCACAAAUCUUAUACGUCGUGUCCAUUUACUACUCAGGCUGCAUUCCGCCUUUUGUUGUACACAUAGUUAUGUCCUUAUUGCUGCUCAAUUCGGCAAUCAAUCCAAUAAUUUAUGCUUUUCGAAUGAGGGACAUAAGGAAGGCAAUUUAUAGGCUAUUCGGAAUUGAUAGAAGUUCAGGAGAUGAAUCAAGUUAUCCUGGAUCAAAUAAUGUCAUACAGUGAUGAUUUAUUACUUUUAACAGUUGUCUCAAAGUUUCAUAACGUUCAUUUGAAAUUUAAAUUGUAUUUAUUUAUAACAUAGUUGUUUUCCCUUUUCCCCCUUUUCCCCACAAAAUCCGAACAAUAAUCAUCGUUUAUUACAAUAAAAUCGUUUGGUAUGAUUUAAUUAAAUUACAAUUAAUGGGUCUCCUCGAUUUGAGUAGAUUCGAUUUGAAUGGAAAUAUUUUUACCCACCAAAAAGGGGGGGGGGGGGGGGAGUUUGAAAAAUUGUAACACAAAAUGUA